AUGGCAAACUUAGAAGAAAAAAUACUGAAUGGGCCAAACGUGGGAUAUUGCAGUAGUAGUGAGGAUGAUGACGAAGAUGCCCCCGUAGUUAUUUCUGAUCAAAAUGAACCUAAUAUUCCAAUUCGUAAGGGCAUUCGAAAUACUGGUCCCAAAGGAGUUAUUGAAGACUGGCGAGCUUUUGUUCAAGAGCAAGAACUAGCUAGAAUUGAGAACGAAAAAAAGAUAGUGGCCGCAGCAAAAUUUGGAACCCUUAGUGGCCAGAAAAUCGAAGAUUCCCAAGAUGAGGAGUUGGAGGCUAUUCGACAACAGCGGUUCCAGCAGUUGAAAGACACUAUCAGCGCUAGAGGCAAAGUUAUAGAACUAACUACAAAAGAACAGUUCUUGACGGCCAUUGAAAAGUGUCAUAAUAUGUUGCUUUUAAUACACAUUUACGAAGACGGUGUAGCUGGGUGUGAAACGUUAAAUGAAGUUUUAUUUUCUGUUGCUGCCCAGUUUCCUCGAGUUCGAGUAGCUAGAGUGAAAUCGUCAGUCCUUGAGACGUCUGCAAGAUUCACAUCUUUUGGGUUGCCUACACUACAAAUAUAUUAUAGUGAUACCUUGGUAGGGAACUUCGUUCGUGUGUGUGAUCAGCUUGGUGAAGACUUCAAAAUUGUCGACCUUCUUAAGUUUCUAUAUGAGUGA